GGGGAGAGUCGGAGGAGACGGACCUGUGGUUGAGCUCAGUUGAACCUCAGCGUCCGACUCUGGAUCGUCUUGGCUGUCGGUAGCUCCAGAUAACUGCGGGUCGGCAGCUAUGUCAGCACACGGCGAACAUGUCAUCCCAUUGAAACGAUGAAAGACAAAAUGAAGGCAGAAGAUGGAACACAGUGUGGAAUACACUCCAGCUCCUGAUCAGAUGUUUUCCAGCAAGUAAUUAAACAAGCGGGAUCUGAACGCACUAAUGGCGAAACACAUUUUUAUGCUCUGUCUUGUCUUGUGGAGUGGAGAAAGGAGUGACAUUUCAGUAGCCGCUGGCCUUCCCAAAAAAGAUCAAGAUUUGCAUGUAAUAUCAAAAAGCAAAAAACACUCUCUGUCGUACUGGGGGGACGUGGACGGCUCGAGUUCCUCAGCUCCAUCCAAAGAUUUGGAAAGGCAAGCUCUGAACGCGCGGGACGGUGCUGGAACAUUGCCAAAUGCCAUUAAACUCAAUGACAGCGGAUCUCAUUAUUUUUACCUCAAGAACAACGUCGAGGAGCAAACAGCUGUGGCCAAACCUAGUGCCGUGCCCUUGAUGCCUAAACACAACCCUGACCUUACCAUGAACCACCAGGAAAUGAGCAAUUUAACUAAUGGAGAGGUUGAAGAGCCAAUUAAUAAUCAGAGUCGAGCGCUGGGUUCUGAUGAGCUGUUGGCUCUUCAGCUUCAUUUACAGACAGGUGUGGACGUUCUGCCUGAGCAGACUCACCGAACCGCUAGAUGGGUCAUCCAGUCUGAAGAGAGCCAGUCAGGGCCACGCCUGCUGAAGAAGGGCUCCCACGCUCGCCACAGGAGAAGCUGGCUCUGGAACCAGUUCUUUGUGAUCGAGGAGUACCGGGGGCCUGAGCCGGUGCUGAUCGGACGGCUGCACACCGAUAUGGACAGAGGAGACGGACAGACCCGGUACAAGUUAGAAGGAGAGGGAGUGGGAUCGGUGUUUGUCAUCGACAGCAAGACUGGCAACAUCCACGUGACCAAGUCUCUGGACCGCGAGGAGAAGGAUCAGUAUCGCCUCAUUGCCACAGCGACAGACAGAGACACAGGUCGGGCCCUGGAGCCAUCGUCCGAGUUCAUCAUCCGAGUUCAAGACAUCAACGACAACCCGCCUGUCUUCCCCGAUGAACCGUACAUUGCAACAGUGCCGGAAAUGGCAAACAUAGGCACGUCCAUAGUGCAAGUCACAGCCAGGGAUGCAGAUGAUCCAACAUAUGGCAACAGUGCCCGGCUGGUGUAUGCCAUCACGGAGGGUCAGAGCCAUUUCUCAGUGGAUCCCCAGACAGGUGUUUUAAGGACAGCGGUUCCUAACAUGGACAGAGAAACUCAAGACGAAUACCAGGUUGUACUUCAAGCCAAAGACAUGGGAGGUCAUUUAGGUGGAUUAUCAGGCACGACCACAGUCACCGUGCGGCUGAGUGACGUCAACGACAACCCGCCUCACUUUAGAAGAAGUGCGUGGUCAUUCUCUGUAUCUGAGCUGGCAGCUCCAGGCGUGGAAGUUGGCAGACUCACUGCCUCAGAUCCAGAUCUGGGUGAAAACGCACUGCUGGAGUUUGCUAUCUUGGACCUGGAGGAGGCGGACACCUUCAACAUAAGUGGACGAAACCAAGAGGCUGUUAUCGUGCUGAACAAACUGCUGGAUUAUGAGACCCGCAGUUCGUAUACUUUUGCUGUGGAAGUAGCCAACCCCGUGGUGGACGCCCGCUUCAUCAAAAAUGGCCCCUUUAAGGACCAGGCGACAGUUCGGGUGAUGGUCCUCAACGCAGACGAGCCGCCACGCUUCUCUCACGCUAGAUAUCAUCUGGAUGUGUCCGAGAACUGCCCCCCGGUCUGCUCCGUGGGCCUGGUUUCAGCUGUGGACCCGGACACCGGCCAAAGCAGCAAUAUCAGGUACUCCAUCGAUCCUCAGUCAGACCCCGAGGCCUUGUUCCGCAUUGCUUCCGACACAGGCUCUAUCAGCACAGUGAUGGAGCUGGACCGGGAGCAGGAGCAGUGGCAUAAUAUCACUGUCAUCGCCACACAGCGAGAUAAUCCAAAUCUGCUGUCAAGGGUCGUGGUUGCCAUAGAGACUCUGGACCAGAAUGACAAUGCCCCAGAACUGGACAGGCAGUACACAACGUCUGUGUGUGACUCCACCGCCCCUGGUCAGGUCAUUCAGGUUCUGCGAGCCAUUGACAAAGACCACAUCGGACAGGACACGCCGGUCCACUUCAGCAUCCCUCCAGACUCCAGCUCCGCUCUCAAUCUCACCAUAAGGGAAGGCGGUGGUGUGACAGCCAGCCUGGUGCUUGAGUCAACUUUGGAGCCCCGCCCGGGCUAUUCGUCCUCCUUGCUCACCAUGUACGUGCCAGUGGUGCUGCGAGAUGGCGCCUCAGGUCUGACCAACACUGGCACGGUCACGGUAACCAUUUGCCCCUGUCUGCGGGGGGGCAUGAAGACCGAGGACAGAACGAGACAGCGGGACCGGCGAUGGGAGCGACACAUGGUGUGUCUCCCUGUGCAGGCUUCCUCACCGUCCCUCAUCUUCAGCAUGGUCACAUUGCUGGCCAUGCUGGCGUGCGUCACCACCUUACUGGUGGUGUGUGCGCUGUCACUGUCAUUGCGGCGUCAGAAACGAGACUCCCACUCGCCCUUCGAGGACGAUGAUGUCAGAGAGAACAUCAUAUCCUAUGAUGACGAAGGGGGAGGGGAAGCCGACACGGCAGCCUUUGACAUCACUGCGCUGAAGAACAUGCACAGAAUGCAGCACAUGCAGAACCGAAACAUAUGGUACACGCAGCAGAGUAUGCCAAGGGGCAGAACGUACAGCUGGAGUCGCAACCCGCGUCCCAGCCUGGACCCUCAGCAGCGGCCAGGUUCCGCUCCUCACUACGGACGCCUUGGCUACAGCUUCCAAACGCUGCCUGUUCUCAGAGAUUAUCCAGCAGGGCCCCUGGAGGCCGGUGUGCAGCUGACGCCAAUGACCCCAGCUCUCAGUGGAGGUUACGCUGGCAGCUCCCUCAUCAUACCGAACCAGAGCACCUUUGAGCCUCUGAUGCACGCAACCCACACCGUCGCGGGUAUUUACGACGCACAGAACAUGCAGAUGAAGGGCAAAACUGCAGAGAGGAAAGAAGGUGGCGAAACAAAUGUUGCAGAAACAGAACUGAGCCUGGCACAGACAAAGAUGAAUCCGGAGGUGGCCUGUCAUCCGACGGUUCUGACCUUCAUUGACCCCCGUGAUUUAUCAUGCCAGAGUCGUGCCAGUAGCCUAUCGAACCCGAAAGAGUCGCACCCCGAGUCGUCGCAGACCCAGGCCAGCACUGGAGCCAGCAGCACGGAGGACGACAUCGACGAUACAGAUUCUUCUAUUAUCUCCACAUCAGAGCAAGUUUAUUCAAACGGGAUUCAUACCAACUCCAUUAACCCAGAACUUUACACCAAAGGAGACAAUUACAGCAUCGUGGGUUCACUCAAUCCAAAGAGCAGCGCAAUGAACGGAGCUGGCAGAAGUGGGCUGCGCUCAGUGGGCGCAGAACUGCUUAACACACUGCAGAGAAAGGAUAUAACUCCACAGCCUUUGCCGUUACCCGGGACCUUCAGAGGAUUUGGGUACGGGCCAGAGGCCGCCAGAACACAAACCAGCAAUCCUCAGCCUUUGAGAAUGGAGGACAUACUGAAUAUCCGGCUGGAUCAGGUCACCUUCGAUCAGUCCCAGCCACCCUACGACUCCCUCCAGACCUAUGAGUUUGAGGGUCGCGAUUCGAGGGCAGAGUCUUUGAGUUCGCUGGAGAGUGACGGGGAUAAGGAGGAAGUGAAGGCAGUGGGAGGCAUGGAGGAAUUAAACCAGAAGUUUCAGCGGCUGGUGGAGAUCAUCAGGGAAAGGGAGUCAGAGAAACAGCAGGAGUCUGAUCCAGCCCACAACACUGAGGCUUCACUGGAGGAGACUGCAAAACAAAGCGAAGUCAAAGAGAAUGAACUGCACAGAUGGGUUUUUUAGACUACAGUGAAGGAAUAGCCAGAGAGAGGAGAUGGCAGCUGACAGUGAUCUUCAAGACACAGUCGGGGGCGAAACACAGCCCCUGACAGGAUUGUUCUUCUGGCAGCCUGGUCAGGAUCGUAUGUGAAAUCAGUGCACAGCGUACUUUUUUCAGUUCCGCUAUAGAAAACACAUAUGGAAACUGUCACUUCAGACACUGUCUUGUCACUAAUAUUAAUAAUGCACACGUGCUUUCAACACUAGAGUUAUGAAAAAUGUAACCUUUUUUUAAAUAUUGAUUUAUAGUCCUGAAAGCGACGUUAUUCCAAAACAGGCCUCGUUGGAAAAUAGGUUUCAUUAACUAUUGAGCGCACCAGUCAAGAGUUAAUAUUGAUACUUAAAUAGUGGCACGUUUGGUCGCAGUCCUUUGAAAUAGACCGCUUUGGAAUUUCUUUCACUUUAAAAGGGUGAUACGGGGAGAUGGCCGGCAGCGCCUCUGGAGACUGUUUAUGUGAGAGACUGCUCUGAUCUGCUUAUGAUGCGAAGCCCCACUGAGUUCAUAGAGACAGUGAAACCAAACUGCUCACGCGGACAACAUACACUGAGAUGUAAUUAGAUUGUUUCUCAAAUAUACUGUUGCCAAAGUAUCGUGAUCAUGCAGACUAUUCAAGGCUCAGCUAGAAAGGGAUUUCGAAAUAAAAGGAAUUCACACUCACGAUGACACAUGUAGGCCUAGUUCAUGCUUUCUUUGUGUUGACUCGAGGCUCUAUGUUGGGUUUCUGUGCGGGUGAAUAAUUAUCCUGAUUACAAAGAGGACAGAGUCUGUCCGUCCAUUUAUCUGCACUGACUGGUGUGGGUCCACCAGCGUCCGCUCUGUCUUUAUGUCUGAGGUGUAAACUUAGAGGUGAACAGGGAAAAAAAUCAAAGCUCCAAAAAAAAAAAAAAAAAAGAAACAUUUUGUUUGAAGCAGCUGCUGUUACUGUAACAGCUGAGCUUUAGAAGGUGAAUGCGAAGGAGGAUUAGGCAAACUGAAAUUCAUCGGCUUGAUUUUCUCACACAGUUAAACACAUUAACCUGGAGCCACGCCGUUUUCGGGAACAAAAUAUGCUCAGCAGUCGACAGCACUGGAUUAGAGUGCAUGCAAGGAGAACUGGAAUUAAAGAGAAGCUGUGGUACAUGAUAGUAGUUUGUUGUUGGUGUUCUUAAUGUGUCAUAAUCUCUCGACAAACCACUGGUUUCCUAAAAGGGAUUGUUUUCAUGCAGGUCUUGUUUUCAGACAGUGGGUCUCUUAAACAAGUCAAAAAAGUUGUACCUCAUUCAAGCCAUACAUUCCGCUGUGAUGUCAGGCUGCCCUGCUUCCUGAGAGUGCUCUCUCAGCAUGUGACGUGAAAACAGUUCAUUUACAUGUCUGUCUGGGAUUGAGCUAACAAGGUUUUGACUGCCAGGCAGUGUCACUGCAUCACGCCACACUCACAGCUCAGUUGAAUCUGAAAUAACACAUCUCACAAAUGGACAGACACGUGACUCAUGGUUGAUUUGCACAGGUCCAAAAACGGGUGUGACCCCAUUGUACUUCAUGCACUUGAUGGGUCGGCCUAACCCGGUAAUGUGGCUAUAGAGUUAGUGAGGCCUGACGUAAAACAAUUUGUUUCUGUAAGAAAUAUUUCCUGCUCUCGAAAUGCUGUCAAACUUACAAGUAACUUACCAGAGCGUGAUCAAAUUGUAUGUGGUAUUUUGGUUGGCAGUAGAAAGCAUAUCAAUAACAUGAUGCACUGCAACAAUUGAAGAAAUAAUAAAAGCCAGUGUUUUUAAUUCCACUUUAAUUAAACAUGAUCUGCAAAGCCAAGCAACAAUAAUCUGUUUUUGUACUCCAUCUCGUGUUUGUUUCUUUGUGUUGAGUUUGACACCUCCCUGUCACAGUGAUCAUUAAUAUUGACAUUGACAAGACAGUCUGGUGAUGGCUGUGUCAGUGUUGUAGUCGAGAGACUGUCUAACACGAUGCCACGUGGAGACCAAGACAAUAGCAUGCAGAGACUAAGACCAAGACUUAAGCGACCUAAGAUUGUGUGGAGCCCUACACCAAUGAGAGGACAGACACCAAGCAGAAUACAAAAUACAGAAGUCUAUUAAAGUUAGACACACACAUAAGAAAUGGCAUGCUAUCAUGGGGACAAACUAGUAGUUUGGUCUCGCCCUUCAUUGGUGUCAGACCCUCAAAGUCUUGGUCUAGGUCUCCGUAUGCUUUAGUCUCGACUCAAGUGUGGAGGUCUGGACUGCAGCACGAGACUGAGUGAUUUGAUGCUAAACACAAGGUGUAGGAUGGUGCAUUAAUGAAGGGAACUUUUGAGUAAAAGAAAACUUUUGGGUGUUUGUCUGCAUCUUGCACUCUGCCAGCAUUCAUUACAUGGGCCGACUCGCAACAGUAAACAUGUUAGCCUAUAAUUACAAUCAGCAGCAUCGAGCUAUUCUUAUUCUUGAGCUGAAGUCGUUGAUGUUAUGAUGCCGAUUUUUACUGCUCUAAGAUGGAAUUCACAUCUGCAAGCUAAGAUCUCUGAAAGGCAACUGAGAGGUUGCUCUACCUGGAUGUCCUCCAGUCAGAUAUGUCUGUGCUAGUACUGGGCUGAAUGGACUGAAAUGAAAUAGAUCCUUAGCCACUGAAUUAAAAGUUAAGUGCAUCCUUGACAAGAAGCUGGAGCAGGUGCAGAUCAGCGCAUUCGAACCUUGAGCGCAGGAAGCAUCUAUUUUGUUUCCCAAACAGCUGCAUGCAUAGAAUCUCCCUCCUUAUCACGCCCACACAAAAUUAUUUAUAAUUCGCUAUUGUCGCUGCUGUUGCUCAUCCAGAACUAUCUUCGACGUUUCAUUUAUUCCUCCUUUUUCGGAGGCGAAAUUAGGAAAGAGCUCAACGUGGUGGCAUUGUUCUUGAGCCGAGCUGUGGGGAAGCAGCAAAAUAAUGAUUUACGCUGAAAUGUUGGGCUGCCUUUCAGGCACUUCUGCUUUCCCACAAUGGCUGCGUUUCAAGAGCUAUUUCAGACGGUAUGUUCAGACGUGAGGAGGCUUUCUUAAAAAAUAUUGAUGGAAUAAUCAGUUUGUUGAUCUGCUGCCGUCUUUCUCUGUUGUGUUAAUCAGCAGGAACAGCCAAAUGAUUAUGUGAGGACGAGUAAAGGUGUAAAGAAGGACGGUGAGAAAUGUAGGAGAGAAGAGAAAGUACAAAAUGAGACAUCAAAGUAGACAUCACCACGGUGUUCUCUGCACGUCGUGUCCAUGAUGAAAAUGGGUUUGGUAGAGGAGGGGCACACAUAUUCUUAAUAAAGGUAGGAUGAUGACGUUGGAUGAAAAGUCAAAUACUGAAAUUAUGGAUUCAAAUUAUAUGCUAGAAAUUCAUGUUGACUUGCAUGAACUGCCAGGUUGAAUCUUCUGACUUACUGUGAGGUCGCGGAGUCGGGGAUGAUGCCAUGGUGCCACCUAUAGUCCAGAUCGCUAACUACAUCAAAGCGACAGAAGAAAUUCAUUUCACAUUUUCAACAGAGAAUUUGGUUGUAGCACAAAUAAGGAGCAGUUUUAUCACACAACAAAGACGUUAUGAUCAAAGCUUCAGGACAACAAACAUGCUGAUUUCGUGGACACACCAGAGAUAACGGGAAUUACAGAUUCAGAUUUGCAUCGAGUGUUUAAUCCACAUUGUUGUUAUAAUCAUCCAUUUCUCACCAUAGCAAUAAAGAUAUCAUUUCUAAAGGUUUGACCACAGAUGGCGGCAAAGUCUACAGUUAAGUUCACAACCAGAGUUUGAGACGCAAGUCUGUUCAUUUUACAGAAACACAUUCUGUUGUUACAGUGUUGAUGGUGCUUUAAAUGUCUUGCUGCUUGUAGUGUCAGGAUGCAUUGAGCAUUUUACCUUUAUCGAUGACAGUCAUUUUUAAAAAGGGUGCAGUGCUCUGUGGAAGUGUGCCAGUUAGCAAACAUGAAAGAGUCCAUCUACGACAAAUGGAAGUCUGCGGAUGUGCUUUGAGUUUCUGUUUACUGUCCACAAAUCUGCAUUACUCUGCUGCCAAAUGAUAUUUGGUGUCUUACAAACCCUGCAGCUGCAAGGAGGUGCUUGUAUUGAACAUCCUCAGAAAAAAAAACACUGCUCAACAGAACAUGGAAGGCAGUCAUGAUGGGUCAAAUGGGUCAGGUCUAGUGUAAAGACGAUCUACUGUGGGACACGCUGCGAGGGACAACCAGCCACACUGACCAUCUAUUCAACAACUUCAGCUGUUUAAGUGGAGUCUAUAUACGAGAAAGGAAAUGCAGAGGAGUAUGAAGACGCCGACUUCCACCCCGGAUUAUAAAUGUGUCCUAAGCUCAGCGCAUAUGUUGACGCCUGAUUGCUUGAACACAAUUAUACGAUUGUCGCCUCGUGCGGCUCUUGAGUCACGACUUGUGUGGAAGAGGUCUCACAAUAAUGUCUAUAAUUGUGUCCAGAAACAUCCCUCGUGGCAGUAAUGAGCCUGACCGCUGUUUAAUUAAACACAAAGAAUAGUAAUUUUUUUUUCUUUAAAUCCCAGCAGCUGCUCGAACGUCGCUGGCUUUAAUGGGGGGUUUUCACUGUCACAGUUUUCCAAGAUGAAAGCAGCAGCAUCUCCUCGCCUGCCUCCUGUGACAGCACGCUGCUGUCACUUGAAUUAUGUAAAACAUCAGAUUGUCUCAAAUCAUUUCUGUGUUGGUUGAAUGCAGGUUAGAUACAAUAAACAAGCAGAAAUGAUGGAGAGGUUGGCAUUCACAGGAUUAAAUAUAAAUGAUGCCAAGGUCUUCUACGUCCCGUGGAAUAUUGUUUUAGCAGAAAAUACCUCGAUCAUUAUGUAUGAUCAUGAAGGAGGGAGUUCACCAGAAUAUACAGUACAUACAAGAGUUGAAAGGCAAAAGAAAAGGAGGAACAAUUGAAGCGGAGUAGAAGCAGAAACAUCACAUGUGUGUGUUUCCUUCUUCAUCUAAGAAUGACACGUUGUAAACACCAUUGUUCCCGUUUUCCAUUCUUCUUUGUCUGGUUUCUCCAGGAUAUUCUUCAAUGCUGGGUUUCUCUGUCUUCUUCCUGCAGGAACAGGAACAAACAUUUGAUAAUCGUAGUUAGUUAACAUCAGAAUCAUCAUCAUCAUCAUGAUGAAUUUGUCCUCAGACAAAUCAGAAUCAGACGUGUCUGGUGCUGAAAUGUGUUAUGAGGAAAAUAAUGUUUGAUUUUCUGUAAUGUCAUGCCAAAAAACAAUGAAUGUGGUUACAUGGUUUAUUUAUUUAUUUAUUUUAAUAAACAAGAGUGCUUCAGUGAGUAGUUCACUGUUUGGGGAGAGAAAUUUCAUCUUCAUUUCGGAGCUUCUGGAGGCAACAGUCUGUGUUACUGAGCACAAUUUAGUGUAACUGUGGUAUU